AUGGGUCUUACACCACAAGAGGUUGCUUCUGGGUACGAGCAAGCCGCGGAGAAAGCUUUGGAGACACUUGAAACUCUUGUAAUCAAGGAAGCUACCGAUCUAAGAGAUCUUCCUAUGGUCAAAAAGUUCUUGCGGUCGGCUAUCACCUCCAAGCAGUACGAUAACGAGGACGUUAUUGCUGAACUAGUAGCCAAAGCUUGCGUGCAAACUGUGCCCAAAAAUAGCUACAACUUCAAUGUUGAUAAUAUUCGCAUCUGCAAGAUUCUUGGUUCCGGUGUUAGUGCAUCCAUGGUCGGUUUCUCUUCAUUUUGUAUAAUUUGGGAAGUUAUGAACGGCAUGGUGUUCAAACGUGGAGCGGAAGGUGAGAUCAAACAAGCAAAGAAUGCGCGUAUUGCAGUUUAUACCUGUCCAUUUGAUCUGACUCAAACUGAAACAACGGGUACUGUGCUUAUUGAAAAUGCUGAUGAGUUGAUGGGAUUUGCCAAAGGAGAGGAGUGGGAAGUUGAAAAGCAAGUUAAAGCCUUGGCUGAUAGUGGAGUUCAG